AUGAGCGGACUGCUCGACCUGAUACGACAGCGCUACCUCGACGCGCUGCGCUCGGUGCCGUCGCGAUGGAAAGUCCUCAUCGUCGACCAGUACACGCAGGGCAUGCUCCACUCGGUCCUGUCGACGUACGACGUGUUGGAGGAGGGGGUCCAGCAGGUCGACUUGAUCACCCACCCUCGCCAACCUCAACCUCGACUCGCUGCCGUCUACCUCCUCAUGCCGACGACGCAGAACGUCGAGCUUGUCCUGCGAGACUAUACUCCGAACCCUCCACCGGCACAGGGCAAGAGCUCGAAGAAGCAACCCCAGCAGGCCGUGCAGGAACCGCCGAAAUACGCCGCUGCCUAUGUCAACUUCAUGGAAGGCGUGAGCGACGCGCUUGUCGGCCAGUUGACGGACGGCCUUCCCGACAGCUACCUGCAAGGCUUGAAGGAACUCUACAUCAACUUCCACGCCCUCGAACCUCGACUCUUCUCCCUCCGCACGCCCCAUACCUUCUUCUCGCUGUACGGCCCGCCUGAUCAGGAGCCUGAGCGCGCUUUGGCACGAUGGGAGGACGAUAUUGGCUGGAUGGCUCGCUCGAUCGUCAACGUCCUCGCCGCACUGGGAGAGUACCCUCUCAUCCGCUACUACCACCCGCCGUCCUCGUUCCACCCCAUUCUCGGUCCUGGCCUCGCAGCGGGCGAACCUGUCGGCAAGCGGCUAGCAGAGCGGGUGCAGGCGGAGAUCGAUGCGUAUGCGCGGGAUAACAGCAACUUUCCGCCCGUCUCCGAUCCGCCGCGACCACGAGGUGUUCUCAUCAUCACGGACCGGUCGAUGGACUUGCAUGCGCCGUUCCUCCACGAGUUCUACUACCAGGCGAUGGCGAACGACUUGCUGGACAUCGAGGACGGUCGGAGAUACAGGUACACCUUCACGAACGAGCAAGGCGUCGAGGAGGAAAAGGUUGCGAUCCUGUCAGAGGAGGACAAGGUGUGGUGCGAAGUGCGACACAUGCACAUGAAGGACGCGCUGGACAAGUUGAUUGCCGACUUCAAGUCGUAUGCGGGCGAGCACGGCGGGACUUUCGGGGCGGGUGGCACGAGCAUCAACGACAUGAAGGACAUGCUCGCGAGUCUGCCGCAGAUGCGGGAAGUGAAGGAGAAGCUUUCGCUUCACUUGACGAUGGCGGAGAAGUGUAUGGGCUUGUUCGAUCGGAAGAAGCUGCCGGAUGUUGCGAGCGUCGAGCAGUGCUGCGCGACUGGCGUGACGCCGGAGGGCAAGUCGCCCAAGACGCUCGUCGAGGAGAUGGUGCCGUUGCUGGACGACCGAUCAGUCAGCUCUGUCGACAAGCUUCGCAUCAUCGCCCUGUACAUCAUGUAUCGCGAUGGUGUGCCGGAAGGCGACAAGAAGCGGCUGUACCAGCAUGCGCGAUUGGCGCUGCACGAGAUGGAUGCUGUCGACAACCUCGGCUAUCUCGGUUUGAAUGUCGACAAGGACUCGGGUCGGAAGCGGAAGCCGCUCUUUAAGCAGAAGCCGGAGGAAGACUGCUACGACAUCUCGCGGUACCAGCCUUCGAUGCGGUUCAUGCUGGAGGAACAAUUCGCUGGCACCCUCGAUACCUCUACCUUCCCCUACGUCCGCGACGCUCCCGUCUCAUCCUCGUCUUCUCGCUCGUCUGCCGCCGCCGCAACGCCUACAGGAGGCUCGCUCCGGAGCGCUCGACCGCAAUGGACCGCCAAUCGCACGAAGCGGGUCGUGGAUGCGCCGAAGCAGCGAGUGAUCGUCUUCAUGGCCGGCGGAGCGACUUACUCGGAAGUGCGAACCGCCUACAAGGUCUCUGAAGCGUCGAACAAGGACGUCUACCUCGGCACGACACAUCUCCUUACGCCGCAGCAGUUCGCUCGGGACCUGUCCGGUCUCGCUCGCGGUGGCUCGUCGCACCUCAACAAGGGCUUCCAGCCAGCCAAGAAGCCUCUCCCGCGUCGAGCGCCAGGAAUCCCGCAACAAGCGAUCGACCAGCGGUACCACCAGAAGAUCCAGGCGCCUCCUCCUCCACAACCUCAAGCGCGUCCUCCGCCCGCCGACAGCAGUUCGCGGCGACCGUCGUCCAUCGCGUCGAGCUUGACGGGCAAGGUCUCGUCUCAGUCGAUGAUGUCGCCUCUCGGACCGGCGAGCAGUGCGUCGUCGGCGCCUACGUCGCUCAAUGGGAGCACGAGCAGCACCGGCAGCAAGGUCAAGAAGAAGGGCUUCCUCAAGAAGCUUCUCUAA